AUUGGAUCGAACCAAACUGCAAUUAGGGUUUGGUCCUGUCUGCGUGAUACGCAUUGCUUCGACGUAUCGAAACAAGAAUUCUCGAUCUCCACGGUCGGCGUCGCCUUCACUGGUUUCCCACCGGCUGCCCCAUCCAUCCUCAGCGUUCCAUCCUCCGCCGGCCGCCGGGGUUCGUCAAAUCUCAUCGGCACCGGCCACCAGCGGUGGCAAGCGAUCUAAGGUCUUUUUUUUUUAGAAAGGAGGAAACACUAUCAACACUCAGCAUCAAGUUGUGGAUUCCACUUAAAUAACAUAUUGAUGGAUCGACAACCUCCUGAGUACGCAACAGCCAUGGCCUUUGCUCAGCAACAACAACAGCAGGCAAACAUGCCAUCACAACAACAGUUUGGAUUCCAUCCACAAACUCAACAAUUUCCACACCAAGUACAUGGGCCGGCUUUCUUGCCUCAUCCCUCUCUUCAACAAUUCCCUCCUUAUCAUCGUCCUUUUCCAUUGCCACAGCAGCUCUAUCCUCAUCUCCCCCUCAAUCUCCAACAACAACAACAACCACCACCUUCCUUUGCGCCUCACAAUCCACCACCUCAUCUGAUGCCUCCACCUGCUUACUCACACCCAUAUGAGUCAGCUCCUCCACCAGCUGCACCUCCUUCAGAUCCUGAGCUCCAGAAGCGGAUUGAUAAACUAGUUGAAUAUGCUGUCAAAAAUGGCCCUGAAUUUGAAGCUAUGAUUCGCGAUAAGCAACAUGAUAAUCCUGCUUACAGCUUCCUGUUUGGUGGUGAGGGUCAUAAUUACUAUAGAUACAAGCUCUGGCUGUCAAAACGGCAAUCUGGUGCACCCUUCAACCAAUCUUUCACUCCUUCAUCGAUGCCUAUGAUGCCUAAUUCCGUGUUAAAUUCGUCUGCCCUGAAUCUUCCUCCCUUAGGCACUGCAGUUGGUCCUACAGGUUCUUUGUUGGGAGCAUCUCAGUUACAUCAACCUUCUUAUCCACUCUUUUAUGAUCAGCAUCAACCAGUGCACUCCCAAACAUUCAUCGGACAACCUCGAGCUGAUUAUGAACCAUCAACUAAGUCAUUUAAGGGCCUAUCAGGGCCACUUCCAUCUGAUGUUGCUGCAGAGCUUAAUAGUGUGCUUGUGAAUCUUUCCGGCACCAAGGAAUCAAUUAAGGGAGCCAAAAUGUGGUUUAUGCAAAGAUCGCCUUUUGCACCGGCUCUGGCUGAAGCCCUUAGGGAUGGUGUCUUUUCUUUGGAUGAUUCUGAGAGACAGAUACAUAUAAUUUUUCUAGUCAAUGAUAUUCUGUUUGAGAGCUUGCAACGUCGGAUCAAUCCUCAAGAACUGGACAAUGAAGCACUUGCAUUUAGACCUGUGUUAGGAUCCAUGCUUGCAAGAAUUUACAAUAACCCACAUAACAAAGAUGCUAAUCAGCCUCGUCUGGAGAAGAUUUUACAUUUUUGGGCAUCAAAAGAAGUUUAUGACCAGGAAACUAUUACGAGUCUUGAGAGGGAAAUGACUGGUGGAUUACCAUUUCGGUCAGCAGCACAGAAGGAACUGAUAGCUGGAUCGGAUCCCUCGAAUUUCACAGGUGUAACUGCUCAUCAAUGGCCGGAUAAGCAAAGCUCUGAUUUGGGUUCCCUUGGUCAACAAGAUACCAAUAAACAUUUUCCUCCAACUUCAGCUUUGCCAUUUGCACCCGCUGUGAGUCAGCAACUCGCAAUGAACCAACUACCCAGUGGUGUUUAUCCACCUGCUGCUCAGACUUCUCUUUCAGGAACACUACUAAUUCAGACACCCAUAGCUCAACUGCAACCCAACGCCGCACCUAGCACAACCGAUCAAGCUCCUCCACCUUAUCCACUAUUUCCACCUGGCCUUAUCCCUGGCAUGGUGCGGAAGAUGCAGAUUGGUAGUGGUGUACCCUACUCUCCUUUGAGCCCUCUUGAUAUUCCAACGGUGAUUCCCCCGUCCACUGUGCCUCCUUCAGAGACUCUUGAUCGUGUCUCCAAGUUCUUUAAGGAGAUCGGGGAGGUCAACCCAUCAGAAGGACCAAUGAGACAGUCUGAAUCAAAAGAUGAAUACCAUGAGUAUGAGAGGGAAUCUCCUGUUCGAAAGGGAGGGGCAUGCAUUCCUCCACCUACUAACCUGCAGCUGGACCCUGAAACUGGAGCAUAUGCCGACGGGAGUGUAGACCGAAGUAGUUCAGGGAGAUUGGGACUUGGAGCCACUGCAAAUCCCAAUGAGGUGAGCCAGUACGAUGAUGUCUACACUUCCUAUCGAAAGCAGCGAAGCACCAACUAUCAUUCUUCUAUGAGUGCGAAAGCUGGAACUAGGUGAGGAGGAUAUUCAUGCAACCUUCGUUAGAACUCUGUUUAAACAUGAUUAGAAGGUGAAAUUGAAGUCUCUUGCCGAUCCUUAAGCUGCGUCAGAAGCUUUAGAUGUAUGGUAAGAAUGUCGCCAUAUGUUUAUAAGCGUCCAGCAAAAUUAUUGUACAUCGUCAAGAAGGCUUUGUACUGUUUUUAGGCAUUUUUAAUUAAUGUCGUCAUUAAAGCAAAAACAUUAAUAUUUUUCUGAUCUA